AUGUCGGCGGCGGCCGCCGCGGCAGCGGGCCAUCCCCUCGCCCUCCUCGGCCUGGACGAGGGAGAUUUCAUCUUGAUCAGAUACCAGGUCGGGGGGGCGAGGAUCUGGCAUGAGCGCCUCAUCCUGGCCUUCCAGCCCGUCGCGCCGUUCGGAUGCGGGAUCCUGACCCCGGACGGCCACGGCUACGUCGAGGUCAUCGCGAAUGGAGGCGCGGACGUGGCAGAGUUCUGCAUCCCGGCUGGAGGCGCCGCUGGAGGCAACUCGGCGGCGACGGGCGGGGAUCAGGUCUACCGGUUCCGCGCUCUGCCUCUGCCGGCGGCCGUCGCGGCCGCGGCCACCGCCACCCGGGGCACUCUCGGGCUCGCUCCGGGUCCGGCCGUGGCCCUGAACACCGUGGGCCGGGUCAUCGCGCCGCCGGCCCCCGCGCCUGCUGCCGCUGGCGCCCCUGCCGCCGCGGGCGGCCCUGCCGCUGGCGGCGUGGCGGGCCUCGCGGCGGCCCUUGGUGCGCCCGCUGCGGUCGGAGCCCCGGUCCCUGGGGCAGCGGCGGGCGCGCUCGUGCCGGCCGCAGCGCCCGCUGGGCCCGCGCUGGGAGGCGGCUUUGUGGCCGCAGCUCCCGCGGCUGGCGCUCCGUUGGCCGCUGGGCUCGUGGGCGUCCCCGCACCCGCGGCCGCCGCGCCCGCUGCCGCGGCCGUUGCGCCCGGAUUGCCUGACUUAGGGGCAGGCGCCCUGGCGAAUGCUUUCGCCGCGGUGGCGGCUGCCCCUGGCGGCGACGCGCGGAUGCAGGCCAUCGUCUUGGACUCCCAAGGGGUCCGCUACGUCGACUUCAGGUCGGCCGUAACGAGGAUGCACGAGUUACCUUGGCAUGACUGGCCGCUCAAGGGCCCCAGAACGCUGUUGUGGGUGCUGAACUACAUAUGCCGGAACGGUGGCACACCCCUCGGUCGCCACACCAAGUGGAAGGCCGAGGCCUACCUGGACGACGAGGACCCGGGGGUGGACGUGCACCUGCUGUGCUGCAGGCUGUUGGAGUUCGGAGUCGUGUAUGAUCAGACUCAUGCGACCAAUCUAGCUUCUAUGGAACUGGUCGGCCGCACGCUGCAGACCCAGGAGGAGCUGUACCGCGACAGGUUCGCACCCACGUCCGAGCACGGGAACGACGCUGCGCUGCUGUCCGGCGUCCAGGACGCAGGCAGCGGCAUCUGCAUGGCCCCGGCGCUGCGCGACUGGCUGGCCGCCGAGAAGUCGCGCGAGGCGGCGAUUGCCAAGGAGCGGCGCAAGGCUCGCGAGGAGCGUGCCUUGGCCGCCGGGACCGGCGCGGCCGUGGCCGCGGCGGCCGAGGCCGUGGGCGACGGGGCCGUGGGGGCGGCAAUACCCCAG